AUGUUGCAACCAAGUGAUUUGUCCACUGUACAUAGAGAGACCAAAAAGAAACUGGGACGUACUAUGCCUUACAAGAGGCCCCAAUCGCUAAGUCCCGUAACAGGACGAUUAAAGACAUCGCCGACGAGAGCUGAAGUAAGAUCUAAAAGUUUGACAGGAACAGGCAUGCAAGGGCAGAAGCCAUCUCUUGACCACAGUAAUGGGAACGAAGCAGUUUCACCCUCACGAUUAAUGGGUCAAGAUGAAGAAAAAAAUACGGUUAUUCCACAAUGUAUGCUGACUAAAAUGUCACGUAUUCUGGCAAUAAAGAAACGCGAGUUCUUAAAGUUGCGCAAGAGUUUGAUUGCACAACAAAGCACUGUUUUGGAAAAUUACGCCAAUCUGAAGGAAUUGGAGAACCGCUUGUCUGUUAGUCCCGAGGAUUCAGUGGGUAACUUACAGGUAGUGUCCAUGAAGGGAUGGCCAGCCCACGAUAUACUGCUACUAGUGCGAGAUGAUGUGGAUGCUCUCAGAAACCUGGAGAUAAAUAGUCUUAUUGGUUCACAUGUACUGCAGCAGUUUUCAUCACGUCUUAACCCUAUUCCCGACGAGGUGCUAGCUGUGUGUGCAGAAAUUUCAGCGCGUCGACUUGAAUUGCUCGACAUGCUGAGAUGCAAGCAUCGCUUAGAUAGACCUAAUUACUGUACCAAUUUAGACUGGAAAACCAAAAACAUGGCGUUUGACACAGAAACAGAAAAAUUGCAUAAGAUGGUCAAUGAGUUAACGGAAAACAUUAAAGCAAAAGUCCUUACUGCUUUUGAACUGGCAAAAAUUCCUUGGGUGGACCGAGACUCAAUAAUAAAAAAGGUGGAACGUGCGCAAAAGGAAAACCUAAUCUUACAAAGUAAAUUGGACGAGCUUGCAAAGAAUAACAAAAGUACAGAAAAAGGUUCUGCAAUACCGGUUCCCGACCCACAGUCGGUAUGUGAGGAGCUGUCAAAGGAACGUGCUGCAAAUGAAGCUCUGAAAGAAGUUGUAGCAUCGGCUGAGACCAUGCUACGAGUGGCUCGUGCGCGCAUCGCAACUCUUGAAAGACAACUAAAAGACUCGCGCACUGAACUGGAAGGCGCUAGAAAAAGACACAAAGAGCUCGAACACCUUUACCGCACUCGAGAGUCAAGCUAUGACGCACGAUCGAGGAAGCUAAUGGAAGUAUCUAAAACUGGAGAAAUUACUAUAGAGACCCUAUCCAGGCAACGGGACGCCCUUGAAAUGAGGGUUAAGGAGCUGAGAGAACAGGCGGCAAUAGCAGAACAAGCUGUCAAGGCUCGAGAGGCCCAACUACAAGCACGAUUCGAGGCUCUCCAGGCUAAGGCGACGGAACAGGAAAGAUGCAGAAAUGAGGCAGACGCUCGUGUGGCAGAGCUGGAAGCGAAACUUAAGGAAACCGAGGCAGCAUUACAAGAUCUUCAGGAACAUGCAGCUAUACUAACUGAUAUGGAUCGUAAGCGAUGUCUGGACUAUUUACCGACGAAAGAAAACGAACCGUCCGAAAAAGAAACGGAGUUAUGGAAAGAGCUUCAAGUAACUCGCGCGGCGCUUUCUCGUGUAGAGGAAGAAUUACAUCAAUCUCGACUUGAUAAGGACAGUUUUUUGAAUUCAUUGGCCCGAAUUGCGCAAGGAGAAGGCCAAGGCGAAGGUUCUGAAAAUUUACAGGAGAAAAUAGCUAUAGAGUUGUUAGACAAAGAACAACAAAUAGUUAAACUGAAACGUGCUGUCGAUGAACACGAGGAAAAUCAAAAAUCAAUGGAAGAAAGUAUGACGCAAUAUGAAAAUCAACUUGCUGCGUUACGUCUCGAAGUGCGACGAUUGCGGAAUUAUGAUUGUUUUGCCAAAGAAGUUAAGUACGAAGAUCUCGAGACUGAGUUACUAGAGUUGAAUAUGCAAAUAUCGACACUGAAUCGGGAGCGGUCAGAGUUGGUGUCAGCGACGGCUUCCCGAGCUCUCAUGUUGGAGCGGUAUGAGCGGUCAACAGAAUUGUUUGCCAACAUGAUUCGUAUGCGAAGAGAUCUUCGCGCCCUUAUAGAUGGACGUACUACACCGCCAGUUAUGGACGAAACUUACAAAUCCGAGGUAUCGAGAUCUAUAUCUUCUGUAUGCGUGAACGCUGCUGACACAUGGACGGCACUGCGUGCAGAGCGAGUGCGCGUGAUGCGACUGGAAGCUGCCUUACUCACGCAAAGGUUGCAGCUGGAGCGUCAAGGACAAGUGCGAACAUUGCUUGAACGGCGGCGUGCUAUGUUCGAAAGAAUAGCGUCAGAAACUAAUCAAAAUAACUCUACCGUUGCGUAA